AUGAGCUCUGGUUCACAUUUGAAAGAUUCGUGGUGGAUGCUGCAGGCUCUAAAGACACAACUAGAUUACACCAGAUAUAAUACUACAGCCAAUGUCACCAAAUGGGAAGAUGUCAACCGAUAUGGCUACCUUCCCGAUGGUCUCUUCAUUCCAUACGCUCUUGCCAACCUGUUUACACUUGUUAUCGUUCUUCUAGGACUCUACUCGUAUAGGAAGGACGGUGUUCUGCGCGAGAAGAAGUUUCAGGAUAUUGCCAGUGCGGCAGAAGACCCAGAGGUAGUCAAGAUUCUCAGAACAGACCCAGUCAACGGAGCAAGAAAGCAAAUGCCGAAGGGAAAUCUUAAGCUAGCAGCCGUGCAAGCAGCACCGGUGUUCCUCGACAAAGAGGCAACAACACAGAAGGUUUGCGCUUUAAUCCGUGAAGCAGGCCACAAUAGAGCAGACGUGGUUGACUUUCCGGAAGGUUUCAUUCCUGGCCAUCCCGGCUGGGUAGAGGCCAUUCCUCUCAUCGCUAAGCCCGCGCCUUCCCUGUUCUGUGAGCUUUUCAACCAAGCCGUUGAAGUGCCAGGCCCAGAGGUCGAGGCCAUAGGAGAGGCAUGGAAAGAAGCCGGCAUCUAUGCAGUUGUCGGAAUCAACGAGCGCCGCGCUGGCACAACCGGUACCCUGUUCAACACGCAACUGUUCUUUGGCCGCGAUGGUGCUUUACUACACAAGCAUCAGAAGCACGUCCCAACCGUUGGAGAGCGUCUUGUGCAUGCUCCUGGCCAGACAGGGAGCAAGGCAUCUGUUCCAACAGACUUUGGCUGUCUUAGUGGGCUUAUCUGUGGUGAAAACGGCAAUCCACUAGCUCAGUACUCUUUGAGUUUGGAUUAUCCUGUGGUACAUGUUGCCUCCUGGCCGCCUCACUUCGGGCCGGGAUCCGAUGUUCAAGGUGCCAGCAAUCUCUUCACAAGCGGGCUAGCAACAUCGCUAGCUUGCUACGUGAUCAACUCUGUGGCAGUAGUCGGAGAGGAUAUCAUAGCAAAAUACGCUCUCGACGAGGAGACUCGCGAUCUCUUGCGGGACCAAAUGCAAAAGAGCCGAGGAUCAAUUAUUGGGCUUGGGGGAAGGGUCCUAGCUGGCCCCCUGUCAGUUGGUGAGGGAAUCUUGUAUGCGGACGUCAAUCUAGACGACCUCAUCAAGUUAAAAUACGGCGUCGACUACGCUGGGCAUUAUAAUCGGCCAGAGUUGUUUGCACAUCACUUCGCAAAUUACUUCCGCAGAGAUCCUCAUAGCAUCGAAAUCACAGGACAAAAGGACACUCCUAGAUCCGAUCUUUACCGCAUCCAUCUCAAUGCGUGUGAAGUUUCAGAGAUCUCUCAGUGA